CGGAUAUUGUGCUCGCGUUGAGGAAAUAAUUUUGUUUAAAAUAAGUGUCAGUGACUUUUCGGCUUUUUGGACUGCAGUGCGUGGAUAGUUCAAGAUGAGGGAGAUUAAGUACACUUUCAAUAAAAAAAUAUUAACCCUGGCGUUGGUGGGUGUUAUCAUGGUUUGCAGUUCAUGCCUAAUAUAUUUAUACAAUCCUCUACAACUCAUCGUUAACAAGAUGUCAAAGAUAGAACCAGGAAACUUUUUGUAUGGUUUAUGGCAGGCACCCCCAUACGCACCGACUCUAAAAUUCUACAUUUUCAACGUAACCAAUCCAGAGCAAUUUCUGCGAGGCGAAGAGAAACUGAAUCUUACACAAGUUGGACCUUACUGCUAUAGAGAGCACCUUACUCACGAAAAUGCUUCUUUUAAUGCAGAAGAUGGAACGAUAACUUUUAAUCCACUACGAAAGAUGACUACUUAUUCAGAAUGUUCUAUAGGAAAUGCCUCAGUGGAUACACUUUUGGUUCCUAAUAUUCCGUUGAUUGGUAUUCAGAGCUUCCUUGCUGAUUCUUCAGUCAUUACGAACAUUGGCUUCUCAACACUGAGUGCAACAUUAGGCGCUGAAUCUUUCAUCAAUCUAACCAUCCACGAAUAUCUUUGGGGAUAUUCUGACAAGCUGGUUUCCAUAGCAAAUCAGUUCGUGCCAAGUUGGAUCGAUUUUGGAACAUUUGGAAUUUUCGAAAGGCUUCUAUCCAGAGAUAACGGCAAUAACGUCACUAUCGCUCUGUAUCCGGAUAGAAGGAAAACACGCUACCCCAAUAUACUUACCCAAAACGAAACUCUUGCGGACUACCACAUCAUCAAUUGGAACGGGAAACAAGGCUUGCCAGAAUGGGGAUACGAUGGUAGUGACGAAGCAAUUUCAUCGACCAAGCGUUGUCAAUUAGUAGAAGGUGCUUUUGAUGGAACUUUUUAUCCUAGACCGAUGACAAAAAAAAGCAUCACUUUGUUCAGAAAAGCUUUCUGCAGGCCUGUAUCACUGCAGUUUGUCGAAGAAGGAUACACGAAGCAAGGAUUUAGAUCUUUCAACUAUAAAAUGCCGAAUAAUAUGUUUGCUAGCCCAGAAGAAAAUAAGGAUAAUGAAUGUUUUUGCUUUAAAGGUGAUUGUCCUGGACAAGGGUUACAAAAUAUAGGUCCUUGCUACUACGACAUUCCUAUAGUGCUUUCACAGCCCACUUUCUCAAUUCUCCUAGAGAGAUAGUAGAAAGUGUUAUUGGUAUGAACCCCUCGGAUGAAAAACACAGCAGUAUAGCUAAAAUGCAGCCCGAACUUGGCAUUCCUCUCGAUGAAUCAGCUUUGAGAAUCCAAAUCAACCUUGGAGUUGGAGAAACAAAGUUUAACAGCAAGACUAGAC